AUGAAGCGUCCAGUUGACAUCAAUGAUCUUCUUGGAUCUAAAGGCGAAAAAACGUCCAAUUCUGUUUUGAAACCCCCCAUUUUUUUAAGCAAAAAAAGACGAACUGAAGCAGCAACGCUGCAAGAGCCUUCUUUAGGUUCAAAGGCAACUUCAGAAGAUGUUAAACGCCUGAGCUGGCGUAAAAAUGGAUCAGAGUCCGCAAAGGAGUUAGUAGGGGCAGAAAAGAGCGGCGUGAAGUCUCAACCGAGGGAAAUGGAGCGCAAGUCUCGCAGGCGAUUUCAAUUCGAUUGGAAGCCAGAAGACGAUACAACGCUGGGAUUUGCUCCGUUAGUCAGCUCGAAAGCUUCAAAACUGUUGAAAACCGCGCAAGAAUCGACAGAGGAUGUGUAUAUGGGUAAGCAUUGGGCUCAAAAACCACUCCAGGACAUGACGGAUCGGGACUGGAGAAUUCUGCGAGAAGACUUCCAUAUCGAAACCAAAGGUGGAACCAUACGUCACCCGUUGCGAAACUGGAAUGAGACUGGGUUGAUCCCAGAAGACUUGGCCGGAAUCAUACAGCACGAGCUGAAGUAUCAGGAACCCACGCCCAUACAGAGGAUCACUAUACCAAACGCAGUGAGCGGUCGCGAUUUCUUGGGUGUUGCGGCCACUGGUUCAGGUAAAACAUUGGCAUUUCUGAUCCCCUCGCUGUGUCAACUCAGUAAUAUGCCGCCUCUCAACGAUAUCACAAAGCUGGAUGGGCCAGCCAUCUUGAUCUUGGUUCCUACUCGAGAAUUGGCCCAGCAGAUUGAAUCUGAAGCUCAAAAAGUUCUGCAACAUUGGUCUCGCCCCACCAGCGUGACGAGUAUCGUUGGUGGUCACUCGAUAGAAGAGAUAUCCUAUUCGCUGCAGGGCGGUUGUGAUAUUCUGGUAGCUACUCCUGGUCGGCUAAUCGAUUGUUUGGAGUCCCACAUGCUGAUUUUGAAUAAUGUAACUACACUGGUUCUCGAUGAAGCUGAUCGGAUGAUCGACCUGGGAUUCGAGGACCAAGUGACAACUAUUCUAUCAAGAGCCGAGACAAAAAGAAAAAGACAAACCAUGAUGUUCACUGCCACCAUGUCGAGCUCGAUAGAAAGGAUUGCCAAUGGAUAUCUCAAUCAACCGGCACAUGUACGAGUAGGGUCCCCUAAUACCAAAGCUCAAAUUAAACAAGUGAUCGAUUAUGUUCCUAGCGAGGAGCAAAGAUUCAAAAUGCUCACGAAGGAUAUUUUGUCCAGGUUCAGGGCCCCGAUCAUGAUAUUCAUCAAUUACAAACGGACUGCCGACUGGUUGGUAACCAAAUUCGCAUCAGAAACCAGGUUUAAAGUCACAACUUUGCACGGAUCGAAGUCGCAGGAACAAAGAGAGCACUCUUUGAGUUUGCUUCGCAGCGGUAAGGCCGACAUAAUGAUUGCGACGGACGUGGCGGGUAGAGGUAUUGAUAUUCCAAAUGUAUCUCUUGUUGUGAACUAUCAAAUGUCGAAAACUUUUGAGAACUACAUCCAUCGUAUCGGGAGAACUGGUAGAGCUGGUAAAAGUGGGAACUCUAUUACUUUUCUGAGCGAUGACGAUGACGUUAAAACAGUUGAAGAACUUUGCAAGUAUGUCAAGGCCACCGAUGGCGAAAAAAUCAAUGAGAUCAAGUCAUCGGUGCGCCAAAAAUUCAACGUCGGUCAGAACCAUAUGAAACCAAUUCUUUUCUGA